AUGGUGGCCGACGUGACACAGCUGCAGGACAUGCCCAUCAGCCAGCUGUUCGACCCCCAGCCUGAGGAGGAACUGGAGGCCAGGAGCGACCAGGAGGAGGCGAUGGAAGUGGACACAGACAAACCCGGGGCAAUGGCGGACAGGGAGGUGGACGGUUCCAAGGCCCAGAGAGGCCACAGGCCAGCGCUGGACUGCGGCAGCCUCCUGCGCAGCUGCAUCCAGAGCGCGGUGGGGCUGCUGCGGGACCCCGGCGAGCAUGGCCAGCGCAACGUGCGGCGCGUGGAGAUCCUGCUCGGCCUCCUGGGCGAGGAUGCGGGCGACAUAGGCAAAGCUUCCUUCGCGCGGGCGGCCCAGGUGCGCCUCCACCACCUGCUGCUGCGGCAGGAGGAGAGCUGCGUGCUCGGCAGGAAGGACUGGGUGGCGCAGGAGGCCUCCAACCCCGACGCCCUGCAGGAGGCCGGCACCUUCAGGCACACCCUCUGGAAGCGGGUCCAGGGCGUGGUGACCCCUCUGCUGGCCAGCAUGGUGGCCAUCAUCGACAGGGAUAGCAACCUGGAGCUGCUGGCCACGCCCAACACCCGGGCCUGGGUCCGAGAGCUUUGGAUGUUCAUUUUCAAUGACAUUAACCUGCUGAGCAUCCCUCUGGUGACCAAUGACGCCCGGUCCAACAGCGACAGGGCCCACAUCCUGGUGCAGAGCUACGCACAGCGCCCGGGGGAGGCCUGCAGCGCCGUCCCGUUCAGCUGGCGGAUCCGCGACUACGUGGAGGAGCUGUGGGUGCAGGCGCAGUACAUCUCGGCGGCCGCAGGCCCGGGCCCGGGACCGGCGGGGAAGCUGGAGGAGAUCUUCCUGCAGACCCCGCUGGGCUGCUUCCUCGCCGGGCUGCCUGCAGAGGCGCGGCGGGAGCUGCUGCUGUUCUACCUGCGGGACUUCCUGCUCCUGACCAUGCAGGUGUCCACGGAGCCGGCGCUGGAGCUCCUACAGAUGGCCCUGUGGUCCUGCAUCCAGCAGCUGAGAGCAGGCAGCCCCGAGGAGCCCUCCCUCCCUUGGGUGCACCGGGCCUACCAGCACUUCAGGAUCCGGCUCCAGAACUUCUCCAGGAUCCUGACCAUCCACCCCCCAGUUCUCCACAGCCUGGCUACAGCCGCCCAGAGCCAGGACCCGGCCGGACCCGAGAUGGUCCUGGACGUCUGGGCCGCCAUGGCCUGCACGGAGCUGCUGACCCGGGACCUGCUGAAGCCCAGCCCCCAGGCGUGGCUGCGGGCGGUGAAGAGCCUGGCUGUGCCCGUGGAGCUGCUCUGCUCCGAGGGCUACGUGCAGGCGCCGGCGGGCAGGGCUGGCGACCUCAUCCGCGAGGUCAGGGGCCCGUGGACGCGCAUCUUCUCGGUGGCGCUCUUCGUGGAGCACGUGCUGCUGGGGACGGAGGACCACUCGCCCGAGCUGCGCGCGCUGGUGACCGACUGCGUCUUCUCUCUGGACAAGUGUCUGCAGGGGAACUCGGACAUCAAGACGCUCCCCCCGUUCUUGGCGGUGAUGACCGUGCUCUGUGAGUGUAAGGACCGGGCAAGCAGGACCUUCGCUCGGUUCGGGAUCCAGCCUUGCCCCGUCUGCCUGGUCGACCCGCGCAGCCCCGUCUGCCUGCCCUGCGACCACGUGUUCUGCCAGGACUGUGUCAAGCAGAGUCUCACCAUGGGGCAGAUGGCCUGCCCCCUGUGCCUGACGGAGCUGCCUGAUGGCUUCUCCCCCACGGUUUCCCAGGAGAUGAGUGACGCCAUCGAGAGGCACGCCCGCUUCCGCCGCCUGUGCAUUGGCUUCUUCGUGGACCUGGUGUCCACCCUGUGCUUCAAGGACAACUGCCCACCCAGCAGGGACGUGGUCCAGGCGCUGCUGGCCCUGCUCUUCACGGAGAAGACGCUGCUGCGAGACCCGCCCCAGAGCCACACCAAGUCCCUGUCCCCAUUUGAUGAUGUCGUGGACAAGACGCCAGUCAUCCGCUCCGUGGUCCUGAAACUGCUCCUGAAGUACAGCUUCCCGGCGGUGAAGGACCACAUCCAGGACUACCUGUCCCGGCUGGAGCGGAAGCCGUUCCUGGACAAGGACAAGACGGAGCUGUACGUGCUCUUCAGCAGCUGCCUGGAGGACUCCAUCCAGGAGAGGAGCAGCGCGCUCCCCGCCCGGGACGAGGCCACGGGCCUCCGGGAGGACGGCCAGUUCCUCGAGGCGUGUCUGCUCAGGGGGCGCCGCAGGGACCUCGCCCCCGAGGCCUCGGUGGAGUACCUGCAGGAGAUGGCCCAGAUCCGCCUCUGCCUGGACCGGGCCUGCGAGGUCCUCUCGGAGCUGCAGGGAGACUCGGCGCCGGCCGAGGCACGGCGGCGGUUCCUGCAGCAGGUGGAGCGCUUCUGCACGCAGAGCGAGAACGACUGGUACCGCGUGUACCUGGUGCGCAGGCUCGCCAGCCGCCAGGGCUUGGAGUUCGUGCAGAGCUUCCUGCAGGCCGGCCACCCCGCCCAGUGGGUGUUCCCCCACGAGGUCCUGGCGCAGCAGGAGGACCUUCUGGGCCAGAUGGACCGCUUCCUGGUGCACGGGCUGGAGUACAAGGCCGUCCGCGACGCGGUGGGCAAGGCCGUCCUGGAGAGCAAGCCCUCGACCAUCGGGGCCGCCCUGGGGGCCUGCAGGGGCUCCCAGGCUCACCAGGCCACGUACCUGCUGCUGGCGCUCUUCCGCGAGGUGGCCAUGCUGUACCAGGCCCGCAACACCCGCCUGCACCCCAAGCGGGAGCAACUCGAGGCCCUGUGCAAGUCCAUCGAAGAAAGCCAGGUCCUGUCCUCGGACGUGAGACCUUUUGCCACAGCCCUUGUGACCAACUCUCUGCCGCUGCUGAGGACCGUGGGGCCAGGACACGGUGGCCUGGCGGGCACGCUGGCCGAGCUGGCUGUCCACGCCGCCGCCACCCUCCUCUGCGGGCGGCACAGGGUCUUGGAGCCUCUGAGGAACUUGGCCUUCUCCCCGGCCACCAUGGUGGCAGCAUUCCUUCCGACGAUGCCCGAGGACAUGCUGGCACAGGCCCGGCGCUGGCAGGGGUUGGAGACUGUCCGCUGGUAUAGGUGUCCCCGAGGCCAUCUGUGCGCUGUCGGGGAGUGCGGCCGGCCCAUGCAGCAGAGCGUCUGCAUCGACUGCGGCGCGCCCGUAGGAGGGCAGAACCACAGGUCCAUCACAGGGUUCACGGACGCCCAAAACGAUGUGGACAGAACUCAGACUGGCCACGUGCUGGGAAGCCCGGCCACCGGGGAAGAGGCGGUGGCCUCUGACCGAGAGCUGGCCCCCGCGGCCUUCCUUCUCGCCCGGCUCCUCACUCACCUGGCGAUGCUCUGGGGAGCGGCCCACAGCCCCCAGGAGCUGACCCUCCUCGUCAAGCCCGCGGUGAGGGACCCGGGCGCCUUCCUGCAGCAGCACCUCCAGCGGGACCUGCGGCAGCUGAUGCGGACGCUGGGCAAGAGCGCGGACGACACGGUGCAGGUGGUGCACCUGGUGCUGUGCGUCCUGCUCAGGGAGCAGCACCCCCUCUCUGGCCAGGGGUCUUUCAGCUUCAACGCCACCUUGUCGACCAAAGAGCAGAGGAACUCGUGGGAGAAGCUGCUCCAGGCCCUCGUGCUGCCUGAGCUGGAGCGUCUGGACAAAACCCUCCUGGAGGUGAACGGGCUCAUCAGCCGGGACGAGCGCAUCAGCUCCAACCCGGUGGCCAGGAUCGUGCUGGGGGACCCGGCGGCCUUCCUGCGCCGCCUGCCCCGGGCCAGCGCGCUGCACUGCUCCCGGACCUGGAGCUGCCGCGCCCGGCUCACCGUGGAGCACCUGCGGCACGUGGUGGAGCAGAAGAACGGCCGGGAGGGCGUGCCGGUGCUCUGGAGGUUCCUGCAGAAGGAGGCAGAGCUGAGACUCGUGAAGUUCUUGCCUGAGAUUCUGGCCCUGCAGAGGGAUCUGGUGAAAUGGUUCCAGAAUGUUCCGGAAGCUGAGUUCCAGUCCAUCCGAGGCUUCAUUGACAGCCACGACUCAGGGGGUCUGAAGCAGCUGCUCCUCAGCCGGGUCACACUGUUUCUGUCCACGUGGAACAAGCUGAGGAGGUCGCUGGAGACCCAGGGCGAGAUCAAGCUGCCCGCAGACUACUGCCGCGCCGACCUGGACCUGGACUCGGACUUCGAGGUCAUCCUGCCACGCCGCCAGGGCCUGGGCCUCUGCGCCACCGCCCUGGUCAGCUACCUGAUCGGCCUGCACAACGACAUGGUCUCCGCGGUGCAGCGGCUCUCCAAGGAGGAGCCCAGCUACUCCGUGGACGCCUCCGAGGUGGCCGACCUGCACGUCGUCAGCUACGAGGCGGAGCGGGACCUGAUGCCGCUGAUCCUCGCCAACUGCCAGUACCAGGUAGCGCAGGGCGGCGAGAGCCUGCAGGAGCUGGACCUGGAGCGGAUCCAGCGCCAGGUCACCGGCCGCUUCCUCCAGGGCAAACCCCGGCUCACCCUCCGGGGCCUGCCUACGCUGGUGUACCGGCGCGACUGGAACUACGAGCACCUCUUCGCCGCCAUCAGGAGCCGGGUGCCCCAGAGCCCCCUGCCCCACGCGGCCGCCAGCGCCCUGGGCGGGCAGCUGCAGUCCUACAGCGACGCCUGCGAAGCUCUGUCCCUCGUGGAAGUCACACUGGGGUUUCUGAGCACGGCAGGCGAGGACCCGGACAUGGACCUGACCUUGUACCUGCAGGACAAGCUGCGCAUGGGCGACCAGACCGAGCAGGUGGCCAAGGCCCUGCACCUGCACCCAUGUCGGCUCCGCCACGUCAUCGCGCUCUGGCAGCUUCUCUCUGCACACAAGUCUGAACAUCUGUUGCGCCUGCAGAAGGAGCCCUUCAGGGAGAUCAGCGCCAAGUACCAGGAGCGGCUCAGCCCGGGAAGCGCCAAGCACCUGCACGCGUUCCUGAACCAGAGCUCCCUGGACGUCUUCCUCCUGGAGCUGCACGAGAUGAUCCUGCUGAAGCUGAAGAACCCCCACACCGAGGCCGACUUCAGGCCCGACUGGAGCCUGAGAGACACUCUAGUCAGUUACAUGGAGACGAAAGAAGGUGACAUUCCCCCCGAGAUGGAGGGUCAGUUCCCGGAGGAGAUACUGCUCUGCCACUGCGUCUCUGCAUGGAAAACGGCGGCUGUGCUGAAGCGGGCCCGACAGACAAGAUAG